GAACCCAUCUCCGCUAUAUAUAUCACGCAGUAUGUGCAGCACUCAGGAGCAGUGAGCGCUGUCCACCGGAUAGAGCACACAGCAGGCGUUACUCUGCCACCAGGCUAGCGAGCUAUCAAGAACUAUCAAGAUGGAAUACGUGACAAUUGUCAUCAGAUGGGGCUGUACCCCCAACGAACACAUUGGGUUUAUCACGGACAGUCUGAGGCAAUGGUAUCUGAGCAGGUGGACCUACACUGACGCGGAGAUACGUAGUUUGACAGCAAUGUGCCUUUACCUGCCGGAGGAGGAGGCUACAGGAUACACAGAACGGCUGCUACGUGUGAUGAGGAACCUGUGGGUAGAUCAGGCUUGCAAUAUAAUGGUCCAGGGAGACUUCGAAGCACUGCUGGAGGACACAACCGCGUUGUCUGUCAUCGCUAACACAUACACGGUCACCCACGCGGAUGUCACACCAGCCUUGAGUUUCUACCAGCAUGUGCGUAACACAGAAGCGUUACUGAAGGGGUACGGAUGGACCAUCGGUACGCACACCGUGAUCGCGGACGGAAAGACUAUCUUCCAGCUUCACUGCAAACAUAGACCCCACAGCGUGACGGUGCUGCACCUAGGACAGGAGCCCAAAAUAAAGCUAGUACAAUGUCUGGAGCCACAGCGCCUGUAUGACCUGAUGAAGGCACAUGACAUCUCCUGUACCACGGUGUGGAAUUCCAGGAUAUCCCUUUUCGGCGCUAGCCCCUGCAAGGCACUGUGCGCGACUACGAUAUGGCUAUGGUAA